AUGGCAACUCUGCAAGCUCACAAUCUCAUCUUAUCAUCAACAACAGCAGCACCACCAAAGCAACAUGGUUGGAGAUUCAAAGCUAGUCUCCAUAACAGAAGUCUUGAUGCCCAAAAGCUUAAGAACAUGCUCAGCAUGCAGGAGUUUAGAAUCAGAGAAUUAAGCUCAAACAUCAUCAUCAACAAACCACGAACAAUUUCUGCUGAUACAGAAGUAGACAUGCUAGUAGUAUAUAAGCUCUAUGCGAUCGCAGAGGUGGCCGGAGACAGAGCGGAGAUGCACAAGAUCAUCGGAGAACAAAGGAACAACUGGAACACUCUCUUGCUUAACUCCAUCAACUCCAUCAACCUCAUUGCUUCAAUCAUGGCUGGUCUUUCUACCAUCACCAUGGGUGAUCAAUCACCACAUUUUCUAGCAUUCAAGAUUUCUUCUGCUCUCUUAUUCACAGCAGCAACAAGCAUGAUGCUCAUUGUCAACAAGAUCCAACCAUCACAGCUUGCUGAAGAGCAAAGGAACGCAACCAGAUUGUUCAAACAGCUAGAGAGAUCGAUCCAUACAUCUCUUGAUCAGCUCAAGAGCUCUACUUUUACUGCUACUGAAUUGGAUGUGGAGGAAGCCAUGGAGAAGGUGCUGGCUCUAGACAAGGCUUAUCCUCUUCCUUUGCUACCCGGGAUGCUCGAGAAGUUCCCGAAGAACAUCGAGCCUACCGUAUGGUGGCCCAAGAUCCAAACAAGGAGGAGAUCAUCAUCAGCACAAGAUGGAAUAAUGUGGAACAAGGAAUUUGAAGAGAAGAUGAGAGGGCCUUUGUUGGCAGGAAUAGGUGCAGUAGGUGCUGGUUUGAUUGGGACUCCGGCACUUGGGCAAUGGCCUGUGUUGGUUGGAGUCAUGGGAGGUGUUCUUGCAACCAUAAUCAACACUAUGGAGCAUGGUUUUUCAGAUUGGAAGUUGGAAGAGGAGAUCAUUGAGUUCAAUUCGGAAGAGAGUUCUCAAGAGGACAUGGAGUUGUUUGAGUUGAAGAUGGCUUUGCAACUCGGGAGAAGAGUUUCAGAGCUCAAAGGCUUUGUUUCUUAUGCAUCUCCUUUAGCUAAUGGUGCUGAGUUUCAAGGAUUUGCAGGGAAGCUCUUCUAA